GUUUAUUCGUGACUACAUAAGGCCUCUGUCAGUGUGCACGUCGUGAGUUCCGCUGUAACAGCAAAAUACUUCACAGCUAAACCAUGGAAAGAGUCACAAAAGUGGUGUUUUGUUUUCCGCUUUGGUUUUUUCUCACUUUCUUUGUACACGUCGCUUGUUCGACAGUCGAUGAUAACAAUGCAAGCGACCACAGCCGCCAAUCAGCAGCUAUUGCAAAACUCCAUGAAGUUCGUAUCCUGAACAGGGCCCUAUUGAAAGGUAUUGGAGAGAGGUGCCCGGACGUUCUGGCGACGCUGGAGUCAAACCUGCAUUUUAACAAACGGGAAACGCCCAAGAUAAGCUUCAGCCGCGAUUUCCUGUUAAAAGUGGCAGUUGAUACGUUCUAUGAGCUGCUUGGUUUGUACAACAGCUGUCUUCUAACAAAGUGCAACCGUCGUCUCGUGUUCGGAAGAGACCCUCUUCCAAAGAAAGCCAUAACUGCGUCCAGUUCUUACAGUGGUUUUUCCCCAUACGGAGCCAAGCUGAACCAUACUGGGCAUACCGCAGCAUGGGCAGCGGCAACUAGUAACAAGAACCAAUGGCUUCAAUUUGACCUGGGCACCUCUAGGGUUAUUACCGCCGUCUUGACCAGAGGGCGUGACAUUCACAACCAAUGGGUAACUGAAUACAAGUUGCAGUACAGCAGUUCUGGCUCUAAAUGGACUACCUAUCAAGACCAGGACGGUAAAGAUAAGCUAUUUUCUGGCAACUCGGACCACGAUACCAUCGUUAGGCAAGACCUUGUGCCUCGCAUCCAAGCACGGUUUGUACGCAUCCUUCCAAUGAAGUGGCACCAUCAUAUUUCACUGAGAGCGGACAUACUUGGUUGCUAAACAUUUGAUUGUUAAAGGAAGAACUGGUCUUUCAACUUUAAAAUUAAAUGAUUUCAGUUAAUUUAUUAUUUAUUCAGUUAAAAUGACAUGUUUGUUGAAAUUGAGUUUAUAUUUGUGUUAAAUGGUGCGUUGUUUCGUAUUGAUAUUAUGAAAAAUUAAAAGUAUGAAUAAGAAAUAAACU